AAAGGCUAUACUUCACUGGACUCACGAACCCCUGUAACAGGAACUACUUCGCGGAGUUUACAGUAAACCGUGCGCAGUUUUAGUGUCCUCAGGGAGAGGCAGAGAGGUCACAAGUUCCCAAGUACAGCCCCUGAGGAGAUCACACGCGUCCCUUCGGGAGAGGCGGUCACUACACUCAUUACGGAGAGACUGCACACGGGAUUAUCGGGUAGGGAUCCUCAAACUGCGCUCAUACCGAGUCAAAGUUGCUGAAAGCUGCUGUACACGUCGGAGAUCCACCAAGAGCAAUGACCAAUCACUCAUCGCACUCCAACGGCAUGCACAGCCACCGCCAAGAGCACCUGUACAAGGUGCUGGUUAUCGGAGACCUGGGGGUCGGGAAGACUUCCAUCAUCAGGCGAUACGUCCACCAGACAUACUCCACCAACUACCGGGCCACUAUCGGAGUGGACUUCGCUCUGAAGGUGUUGAACUGGGACUCAGAGAUUGUCCGGCUCCAGCUGUGGGACAUUGCAGGUCAGGAACGCUUUGGAAACAUGACAAGAGUAUACUACCGUGAAGCCAUGGGAGCCUUCAUAGUGUGCGAUGUGACAAGACCCACGACCUUUGAAGCCGUCCUCAAAUGGAAAGAGGACCUGGACUCCAAACUGAUGCUAAAUAACGGGCAGAGCAUUGCCACAGUGCUUCUGGCUAACAAGUGUGACCAAGGAAGGGAGCUGACCAAUAACGCCACCAAAAUGGACCAGUUCUGCAAGGAACAUGGCUUUGUUGGCUGGUUUGAGACCUCAGCAAAGGACAAUCUCAACAUUGGUGAAGCUGCAAACUUCCUGGUCAAGCACAUCAUGGCCACAGAAAAUGACAUCCUGAAAAGCGUGGUGCCAGACACCAUCUCACCUCAGCUCGAUUCCAACAAGCAGAUGAGCUGCUCUGGAUGCUCCAAAUAAUGAAUGGAGAGAAAACUGAAUGGGGACAAAGUAGGACAAAGAGGGACAUGCAAACCACACAGUCUUCCAAAGAAGGAACAACAGUACAAUGUGGCUUUGUUGGUCCAAACCAAAGUUAAAGAUUGACAUUCGAUACAGGGUGUUUGUUUCCUCAUUGCCAAAUUACAAGCGAACCAGAGCGUGCAAAAAGAAAAAUCCCAUGGACUCAGGAGUGCUCGCUUUAAAGUAUGACAGACAAACACGUAUUACUUAAGCCUCUAUGCUCUUUGGCAUGAUGAUUGAAAGUAUCAAACAGUCAACUUUGCCUUUUUUGGCUGUUCUUAUUAGGAUAUCUAAACCCUCUUCUUAUAACAGUAUCAGAUCUGGCAACUGUCGCACAACCUGCCGGACCAAACUUAACAAACUGAGUAAAUGCUCCCAGCAUGCUUUAGGCAACAUACCCAACGUUGUUCAGUAAUUACAGAAUGAAAACUGAAGUCUUGUUAUCAGUUCUUCAUCAUUUCCAGCAAUUCGAUUGUGUUGCUGUUCCCCCUGUGUUUACAUUCACCUCUACAUAAACAUGGUGAAGAGAAACAGUGUGAGUGACACACAGUCCUCCUUCACCAUUAGUAUGCCAGAGCCAAGAAAAGCAGUAUCGACUUUGUACGUAAGUGAAUUUUUGCACAUAUAUAUUUUUGGUUAUGAUUUUAAGUUAUUUACAGUAAGCUUUUGUGAGUGCAAUGCUUGAAAUAUUUUCUACAACUGACUAUUGUGUGUGUGAUUGAGUUUAAAGAACAUUGCCUAGUAGAACGUGUUUUUGUGAAACGUGCAGAUCCCGUGACGCAUUUGAAGUAAUCAACAUUUGUCAGACAUGUUUGUUUCUAAUGGAAGAGAGUGGUGGUUUGCUACCAUAAUUACUCUGUCUGGUUGCAAAUUGAUUUGUGCUUCUUCUCGGUUUGUUCCAAAAAAAUGUAUCUGUGCAUGUGUUCUUUUUCUUCGUCAGAAGGAGAAUUGUGUUGAUUGUCUGGAUGUAUCCUGGACUUUAUUAUGAGUUCACUUGCCAAAGCCUAACCCUCUGUAUCCAUGGUAACUAGAUCAUUUCUUAUGGGUAUCCUCGAACAUCCAUGUGAAGCUAUUUCUUGCUGUACUCACAACCAUGCAGGCACAAAUGCGUGCACACACACACACACACACACACACACACACACACACACACACACACACACACACACACACACACACACACACACACACACACACACACACACACACACACACACACACACACACACACACACACACACACACACACAUACAUACAUAGGCAAAGAGAUCUUUCCUCUUUUCAUGUUCUUGUUGCUUUGUAUCUACAUCUUUUCUUCUCUCCCCCUCACUUCCAUCAUUUGUUUUUGUUUUUAAUACUGAAAAAUGUUCAGUCUCUGUCCAAAUAUUUCUGUUACAUGUCCUCUUCUUCUUCUCUUUUCCUGAUCAUGUCAUUAAGUGACUCGUAUACAGAAAACCUACACGCCCAGGGAGCCGUAGUACUUUUUUAUAUCAUCCAACAAUAUAAUGUUAUUAUUUAAAGUUGUAAUCCUCCUGUUGGUGACCUUGCAUCUUUGUAUAAUCCUGUUUAGGGCAGUGCAGUUGAACCCACUGUGGUCAAUAUCUUUUUUUCAUUGUAACUUAAGACAGAGAAGACUUGGUAUUUUAUAAGACCUCCGUUACAUUGUUUCCUACAGCAGCUGUUGGUCAGCAGGGUUAGCACAGUAUUUAUAAGACUGAUCACAACAGCGUCAUGUGUUAUUGUGUGCUUUCUUGGAAGUAAUGCACAGCAUGCACAUUAGGGCCUGAUAGAAUUAAACAAUGGCAUCUACACAGGAUUACAAUUUCACAGUGUUAGUUUGGCUCAUCAUGAGGGUGUGGCAUCAUGUGACAUUAGUUGUGUCAAUAGUGUUACAGUAUUGUAGCAAUAGCUGCAUUAUCUCUCACUCUCACUCACACACACACACACACACACACACACACACACACACACACACACACACACACACACACACACACACACAUUCAGUGUAGAACAACACUUUGUAUCAGAUAAUCCAUUUUUUAUAUCACAAGUUAACUGUAUCCCUAUAACCGAUUACACCACUUGUGGAUGUUCGUGUUUAUUAUUUAUUGUGAAGUAAUACAAAAUUACUUAACUCAUUUUACUCAUUACACUCCCUCUUUUUGUAAUUGUGUAAUAAAAUGUGAUCAUCAUGAAACAUGGCUUACACUUCCGCCAUGAUAUAAGUAAUACGUUGUUGUGUUUUGUAAUAAUGGCAGUUUAAGGUCAAUCGGAGACUAUUAAAAAUUGCAUUG